GCAUUGCGAGCGGCCUCCUGCAGUACGCAUCCCUCCUCGAGCAGGCUCCCGAGAAGGCACCACGAGGGCCAAGGCUCUGUCGGGGUGUGGAGACGGGGGCGCGGGCCCAGAUGCGUCUCCGCGACCACACGGGGCGAAGCCCGAGGCUUCCCUCAGGGGGAGACUGACUAGCCCGUCCGCGGAGGUGGAGCGUGUAAGGCUGACGUCUGACGGACCGACGACCGACGAAAGGGGCCGCAGCCACCAUGGCGUUCGGCGGUACUCGCGGGCUCAUGCCCCGCUGGGAGCUGCCUGUUGGCGUGGCCGCGCUGCUCCUGCUGCUCUUUUCGGUGACCGCCGCUCAGGAGCCGUCCGUAGCGGCUUGUUCUCAGAACACAAACAGGACCUGUGAGGAGUGCCUGAAAAAUGUCUCUUGCCUUUGGUGCAACACCAAUAAGGCGUGCUUGGACUACCCCGUGACCAGGAUCCUGCCACCCAGCUCCCUUUGUACGCUGAGCUCUGCACGCUGGGGCGUUUGCUGGGUGAACUUCGAGGCGCUGAUCAUCACCCUGUCGGUGGUGGGGGGGGCCGUGCUGCUGGCCUUGGCCGCGUGCUGCUGCGCUUGCUGCUGCCGCAGGAAGAGGAGCCGGAAGCCGGAUAAGGAAGAGGAGAAGGCCGCGCGGGAGCGCGAGGAGCGCAGGGUCCGGCAGGAGGAGAGGAGAGCAGAAAUGAAAUCCAGACAUGAUGAAAUCAGAAAAAAAUACGGUCUGUUUAAAGAGGAAAACCCGUAUGCCAGGUUCGAGAACAACUGAGCCACACGCCCAGCAGUCCCCGCACGGCUCCAGGGAGCACGGCGCCGCCGCCCUGCGGACCCGCGGGCUUCCGUUCCCUCUUCUGUAUCUGUAUUUAGUCACUGCAGACACGAAGCUUUUCAGGGGGGUCGGUUGGUUGUGUUGUUACUUCCAGGAGGCAAAGCCCACAUCCUGCUACCCUUCUCCGCUGGCGAAGCCAACCGCGGACGGGGCAGCCGGCCUCCGUCCCACCUUCUGUCCUCACAUCCCUGUGCCCGACGGCUCACCGUGCACGCGCGGCAGGGGAGGAAGGGCCCCUGUCACCCCGCCGCCUUCCAUCACCCAGCCGGCGGCUGUGCGCCCUGUGUGGCAGCCCCCUGGGGAGCCGGGCGCCCAGACGCAGUCCUGGUCAGUGCCUUCUGACCCCAGCCGCUCUGAGCAGCGUCCGGGAGAACGUAGAUUCACCUUAAAUCUGUGUUUUGUUCCGUUCCUUUUCAUUCCGUUUCAAAUAAGUCUUGGAUUUCAUUCCUCCACCAAAGGUGUUUCACCAAGAAAUUUUUCUGUCAAAAUUCAGACCGCUUACUGGACAAUUUUUAAAUUUUAAUUUGUAUUUUUACCGGAACACCAAGAUUUUUUUCCAGUGAAAACUUGAAUAACAAAUGAAGCAUUAGAGCCCCCUGCGGGGGCAGCAGCAGGUGCUCUGGGCCGGGGACCUGGAGGGGCCAUCACCGCCCCGCUCCCUCUUCAGCCCUGGUGACGGCCGGCGCCGGGUCCUGUGUGUAGCCACACCAGGCUCUCCCUAGUCAGGCCGUCAGCAACAUGGUCACACAGGGACCACGGGGUCCCCAGGCUGUCCGAGGAGGAAGGGACCAUGCCCCGUGGGCCCCUCUGCGGGGCUCUGCCCACUGGGGGGUCUGGCAGGGUGUCCAGGGCCGGCCAGAGGGAUUUCCACGUGCUACACGGAGACACUGCUGACUGUCCUGCUUGUCACACGACCCCUAGCUUGGAACCGCGCUCUUCUGGCUGGGACGCUGUCCGUGGCCUCCGGGUACACCCUGCGGUGCCUUCUGUUGGCCCCAGGCUUCAGUAAAUGACCACAUCCUUCCUAUUGGGGAUGCAGACUGUGGAGUAGCUGUGUGAACUGCCUCUCUUCACUCUAAAAAUAGUCCCGGUGGCCACCGCCACAUUGCUUUGGAUUAGGAAGACGUUAGCUUCGGGGAGGUGGGUCGACAGGUGCAAAGACAAACGACGUGUUCCGCUUUUGCACUCGUGACUGUGCCGUCGGGGACCGCUCUCCAACGUGUCACGGAAAGUUCUCAUACAGGUCAGUGUGAUCCAACACCCCACACCGCUCAACAGCCCCCCCGCGCCCCCCCUCCCCCCAGCCACUUCGGCCUGUGCCGUGAGGUGACCGCGCUGUCCUGCAAUGUCCAUAAGCUGAGACACUAACUGUACAGACUCUUGACUAUCUCUUUCUGACUUCUUGGGCAUUUGAUAGCCAUUUGAAGUAUUACGAAACAUUCCUAAGUAUUUUAUAGCAGCCUGCAGAUUUUGACUUUCUACUUUUAUUCAUAAGAAAAACUCUGUAGCAGACUCCAGCAGCCUUUGUGUUAAUACAGUAAUGUACGUGAGGUCACGCUGUGUCGUGGACGGUGUGGGGCUGUGCCCUGUUCAUACAGCGCAUUUAGUCCCUUCGGGGUACCGAGGCCACACCAGCGCGUCUGGGAGGCUGUCCUGGUCCCCGCAUUUUAUAAGUAGUCCUAAGAGCACCACGUGUUGUGACCUCAAGGAGACCGUCAAAUUCAGAGUGCCUUAAUCUUAACCAGUUUCCAGUAAGUGGUUUAAUACACGCUUUGUUGAA